UGUGGUGAGCGAGUGUAGGUGAGUGUGUGCGCGUGUAUUUGUGUGUAUGUCCAAACACGAGCAACCAGAGGCCGCCGCCGAGCGGAUUACGAAAAUAAAAUCCCCCAUACGCCCCUAGCGAACCGACGCCUGUUGGUCCCCGCGAUUAACCGUCGUCCCGACCGCGAUGGUCGAAUUUUCGUUGUUUUAAAACGCGUCGAUUGUCCACAACGAAUUGCACUCGUUUCACGCCCGCUCUGUACAGCACAUCAUUAUUGUUUGUCAAUUAACCGUUAUAGGUAUAUCAUAUACCUAUUUGAUUUCGUUUCCGUAUAGUUCGCGUUUUCGACCAGUGGAGUGUCCGCCAAAAUAUAUUGUGAUUUAUCUUACGACGACGACGACUAUGUAGUACACAUAUACGUCUACGGCCAUCGGCGCGAUCCAUUAAUAAAUCGUCGCGUUUUACUGCGUCCGUCGCCUUCACGUUGGGCCAAUUUGUACGUCACCGUCACCGUCGUCGUCGUACGCGUAAUUAUCGUCGUAUAAUUACACAGUCUCGUACACGGCCCGUGCAACGUGUCCGCGCGACGGCGUGAACUUUUAACGUUCGUCGACGCCACCGCCGAACACUCGGAAUGCUAUAGCCGUUCGCGCACACGCCCGUCACGGGUGGUUCUAUUAUUAAACGCGUCCGUCGUCUCCGACGCGGUGGUGCGGUGCACCGCGUUGGGCGCGCGCGUCGUACUAUUGCGACAACAAUAAAUCGUGAACUGCGGGCACAGUGUCGUCGUGCGAAAAUAAUUCGCGUGUGCACACAAUAACACACACACACACACACAUAGAUACACAUCACAAUGUGAUGUGCAUUGAUGACAACGUAUAAUAUACACACUGUAUUGUAAUCACGAUAUUGUGCUACAACCGCAACAACAAUAUCUAAUAAUAAAUGGUCGUGGCGGGGAGGAGGAGACACUAUCUCAUCGCGGAGUGAUCGAACCUUCCAAGCUGGCCCAUCAGUUUUGGCUCGGUUGGGGUUCGGGCUCGGGCUCGUGCCGCGCGCAGACGGACGAGGAGAAGAAGGAGAAAAAGGAAAUGGCCGAGGCGGCGGCCCGACACGAGCUGUACACGCAACAGCAGUGGGCCCACCAGCGGGCCGAACGCGCCGAGCGAAACGCCGAGAGACUGGAGAGGGAGAUACAGGCGCAAGCCGCCUCGGCCGCCGCGUCAGAGUCCCUCGCCGAGCUGCACUACGUCGACAGCCUGUCCGGGUCCGUCCAAUCCAUAUGCAAGGCACCGAUAGCCAGCCUAGACUGCAUGGCCGACCUGGGCAGUACCACGGAACAGCUGUGUGCCAAGCUGCAAGCGACCGCGGUCAAGGAGUCGGUUGACCGGGUGUCGUCCGCGGCACAAUCGCCCAGCCUGACGUCCGGGCUCCGGUACCGGAACUUGGGUAAAAGCGGCCUGCGCGUAUCCAACAUCGGGCUGGCCACGUGGACCACAUACAACACGGCCAUCAAUGAGGAACAGCUAGACGCGGUGGUGACGGCCGCGUACAACGCCGGCAUCAACCUGUUCGACCUUACUGAGGGUCCGCAGAGCAGCGAACAGGCCGAGACCCAGCUGGGCGCCAUACUCAAAAGGAAAAACUGGAAACGAGUGUCGUACAGCGUUAUAACCAAAAUCCAUUGGCACUACAAAUCCGAAGAACGAGGGUUGUCACGUAAACACAUUAUCGAAUCGGUGCGAUCGUCCGUCGCGAGACUUCAACUCGACUACAUUGACAUCGUUCUGAUACAAAAAGCCGAUCCGAUGUGUCCACUCGAAGAAGUAGUUAGAGCUAUGGAUUUUCUCGUAUCAGAAGGACUCAUAAUGUAUUGGGGCACAGCUAAAUGGUCACCAAUCGAUGUCACAGAAAUGUACACUGCUUGCAGACAAUUAAAUUGCUCUACACCAAUCCUAGAACAAUCUGAAUACCAUAUGUUGUGCAGGGAAAAAGUUGAGAUUUACAUGCCUGAACUGUAUAAUAAGAUCGGUGUGGGUUUAAUGGCUUGGUCACCAUUAGCCAUGGGAUUAUUGCCUUCUUUCAAAGACUCGCUCAGAAGCAGAUCGUCCAAUAGGACAAAAGCUUCCAGUAUCAGUUGGAAUCAAGACGAUCGAAAACCACCUAGUAAAGAGAACAAUGAACCAUUGACAAGAAAUACUAAGGAAAUAUUGUUUUCAAUUUCAUUAAUAGCAGACCGUCUCGGCUGUAGCUUAGUUCAACUGUGUAUAGCAUGGACAUUAAAAAACGAAAGUGUUCAAUGCCUCUUACUAGGAGCAGCAACGACACACCAGUUUUAUCACGCUUUACAUGGAUUACAGUUGUUGCCAAAACUCAACUCAAAUGUAAUGGCCGAAUUGGAGCGUAUACUGGACAAUAAGCCAGUACGACCACCAAUGGUAUCAACUCUAGCAAUGAGAUGACAAACAGUGUGCCCCCCCGGUGUGUUGGGGGGCACAGGCAUGUCUGCUGAUGGCAUGAAAGAAAACAAUGACGAGUAUGACAUGAAAGAACGAAAAGUGCCGUUUUGUGUGCUUCAAUGAAAAAAUAGUUCUUGUGGCGAAUAUUGUAAUCAUGUUAGAAUUAUAGUUUGAAGUUAAAUAUACGUCCAAUUUUAAUUGA